AUGAUGAUAUCAAUAUUCUCCUUGGUUGCAUCCCUGAUAUCGUUCUUGCUGUCGGCUAUUUCCGUGGGAGAUGUGAUUGCAGUAGACAACGAAAAGCUGAGACGUCAGGCAAGCGAUCAAAGAAAUCUUAUCGUUGAUGGAGCGAGAGCGGAGCCUGGAGAAUUCCCGUGGUUCGUCUCAUUGCUCAAAGAUAGUGAAACGGACCAACCUGCCUGCGGAGGGACUCUCAUUGCGCCAAAUAGAGUGCUUACAGCCGGACACUGUGUGGUUCCAGAUCCUUUGGUGACAGAACUGGGCCCGCCUGCUUUUGUAAGGCUCAAACACACAACUCACUCAGAUGGAGUGACGGUGCCUGUUGAUUGUGUCAGCUUGCAUCCUGACUACAGUCCUCGGUACAAUGAUUUGGCUAUCGUUAAGCUGGCAGAAAACGCCCCCAGCACUCAGUUUGUCGAGCUCAACUCUGACACGAGCUUUCCAUGGGGUAAAGAUGAGAGCCUGACGACUGUUGGCUUUGGGUCUACCUCAACCCUGGUGGGCAUUAUUGGCACUCUCCUAAACGGGGGGAGGGUCCCCAAGAGCAGACGUCUCAAGAAAGUUGUCACCAGAGCAUUGACGGAAGCAGAGUGUCAACACGAAUGGAAUGAAUGUGCUGAUUACAGAUAUCACCUCUGCGAUGAGCCUGAUAACGAUGGUCACUCAUGCUACGGCGACUCGGGAGGGCCAGUGCUCGAUGACUACCAUGUCCAAGUUGGAAUUGUGUCUUUCAUAACGAGAGGUUUUAGAUGCAAUAGUGGUGCACCACACGUGGCCACCAACGUGGCACAAUACUACAAUUGGAUUCUAAACGAGAUACGGGAUAGUACAUGUUCCGACGACAACACAUUGGGGUACUCUAAGGACUUCGUGGACCCUUGUCUUCUGCCAAUAAACUCGACUGGAAGAUCGCCGUAG